AUGACUUCACUCUUUUCGACGACGGGUUUGCUGCGGUUGCUUCUUCUUUUUGGAUCCGCGUCGGGUCUGAAGAAGCCAAAGCAUCACGCCCAGCACAGUAUGGAGUCUGUCCUGGAUGAAUAUGACUACAUUGUUGUUGGUGGUGGGACAAGUGGAUUGGUGGUUGCCAACAGGCUGAGUGAGGACCGGCGCAAAACCGUCUUGGUCGUUGAGUAUGGCGACUUUGCCAACACCAUCAACGUUACGGUGCCAUACUUUACUACCUUGGAUCAAACGCCUCGGCUUUACAAUAUGACGUCUGUUCCCCAGGUACAUCUUGACGGCCGCACCAGCAGGAUGCGUCUCGGAAGCGUGGUGGGAGGAAGCUCGACCAUCAAUGGCAUGGCUUGGGAUAGAGGGUCUUCAAUCGACUACGAUUCUUGGGAAGAGUUAGGAAAUCCCGGCUGGGGAUGGAAAAAUCUGCUCAAGUAUUUCCGCAAGUCGUCGAGGUUCUCUCCUCCAGCUGAGGAGUACGUUGAGAAAUAUGGUUAUACAUGGACUCCCGAAUCAUAUGGACAUGGCCCGAUCAAAGUUGGAUAUCCAUCCUGGCAAUGGCCAGGAGCAGCCAUGCAAGCAGAGGCAUGGACCGAAGAUCUGGAUGCAGAUAUCCUACGCGAUGGCGCUGAUGGAAAGAACGUUGGCCUGGCUUGGAUUCCCCAGAAUUCCGGUGGCAAAGAGGCAACACGAUCAAGUGCAGAGACGGCCUACUACCAACCGGCCAGUCAUCGCCCCAAUCUCCACCUCCUGGUUCGACAUUAUGGGGCUAGUAUCAAGUUCAGCGGCAACGUCACGACAGGCGUCGAGAUUGCCAGCCGCGAUGGUGGGCCAUCGAGGUGCAUCUCAUCCAAGAACGUCAUUCUCGCCGCGGGAGCCAUCAACACCCCUCGAAUUCUGCAGCUGAGUGGCAUUGGCCCCAAGAAACUCCUCGACUCGCUUGAUAUCGACGUUGUUGUCGAUUCACCUGGAGUGGGCGCAAACUUCCAGGACCAUCCAACCUUUAACAUGAUUUAUGAGUUUAACAACAAGACCGUGCCUACGCGCGACCUUAUGGACGAUCCCCAGUUCUAUGAUGCUGCCUGGGAGGAGUAUGUCGCCAACAAGACCGGUCCCUUCUCCCAUGCAUGGGGAAACUACAUAUCUUUCUCAUCGCUCCAAGACCUCGAUCCAGACUUUGAAGCGAUUGCCGACAGUCUCGCAGAACAAGAACCGCUGGAUCACUUACCCGCCAUCUACGCUGAGAACCCGCCUCUGGUCAAGGGUUUCCUCGAACAGCGUCGAGUCUUGCAGUCGCAAUUCCGCAACCCCGAAGCUGGAAUUCUUGAAAUAGUCUUUAGCGGUGCGAUUGUUGUGCCUGUUGCUCUCCAGAAGCCGCUGUCUAGAGGAACCAUCUUCAUCAACACCACCAACGCCGACCCUUCCAUCUCGCCACUCAUCGACUUCAAUACAGCCGCUAACCCGGUCGACAUGCACAUCGUGAUGCGCGCUCUCACCAAAGCCCGCCAAUUCAUGGCCGCAGAGAGCGUCGCCUCCCUUGAACCUGUCGAGGUCUCCCCCGGACUCACUCUCCAGGAUGAGGUUGAGAUUCAGACCGCCAUGCGAAAGACAUUCCUUAGUCCUAGCUUGGACCACCCUGUUGGAACGGCUGCUAUGAUGCCUCGAGAGUGGGGAGGUGUGGUUGACACAAAUCUCCGGGUGUAUGGUGUUGAGGGACUUUGGGUCGUGGAUGCGAGCGUCAUGCCUCUGCUUCCCGCAGCGCAUACCCAGGCUACGGUGUAUGCAGUAGCGGAGUAUGCAGCAGAUCUAAUCAAGAAGCACAGCGAGAAGGCGUAG